AUGGCUCUGAAUAACCGAUGGUUUUUAAUCUUUGCAACGAGCACUUUGCUCCUGUGCAGCGCAAUGGUGCUGCCAGCGUUUGCGCAAGACUUUAGCAAGAAUGGUAACCAUACCACCAAGAAGUACAGUACAAGUGCAACGCCGUUGCCAUACAAUUGGACUGUAGACAUAACGUAUCCUACCGACGACAAGGGCGGCCCCUUUCCAUUAAUUUUCAUGUUCAACGGAAUGGAGGCAAGUUUGUGUAUCUUUCUUGAUUCGUCUAGGUUAGGCUCAAUAGCUAGGCUCUUCAACCGACAUGGGACGUGCUGCCAAGCUGCCUGGUACACCAAGACGGUGGAGCAUGUGGCAUCUUGGGGAUACGUCAUCGUGCAGUACACAACGGGCAUUGCUUACCCUCUACAAAAUGGCGAAAAGGAUGAGGUAAAAGUCCUGGCGCCCCUGUUGGAGUGGCUGAAGAGCGACUGCCCCAUCAAGAACAAAAUUGAUUUCUCCCGAAAGGCUGUGAUGGGCCACAGCCGCGGCGGCAAGCUGGCAUCACUGCACUACGCCACCCGCAGCGAUGUGGCUACCGCAGUGCUAAUCGACCCCGUGGACUGCAGCCCUCAAGCCCUAGGUCCCACCCACCCGUCCGCCAUUGCCAAGCUUGUUGGCUUGGACAUCGACUGCAGCCGCAAGCCCAUUCCGAGCCAUGGCCGUUCCGACAAGUCUGCAGCGGUUAUUGGCUCUGGCUACAGGCGGGAUGGGAUCGCGUCGUGGCUUCUUCCAUCCUGCACCCCGGACGACAACAAUGCCACGGCCUUCAGCGCCACUUUGUCCGACAAGAGCUGGUACAUCUCGAUGGUGCAGGCUGGCCACAUGCAGUUCGCCGAAUCCAACGGGCUUGACGCCUACGCUGCUUUGAACCUCGCAUGCGGACCUCUUGCUUUCAAAAUCAGUAACGCGGACGUCAUUUCUGAAGCCCGUACGAUGGCUGUCGCCUGGUUCGAGUCCGUGUUCCGACCAGGCCAGAGCACUAAAAGCGGUCUGCAGGCCUACAUGCAGCAUUUGCAGACGCAGAGCCGUAAAGGUGUUCUCACCUAUCGAGUGCCCGGCGCGCCUCCAGCUGCUCCGGAGACGACGGCAGCCGAGGCAGUCGUCAGCUCGGCCACCGGCGGCGCAGAGCGUAAAAAUCCGGACAGCAUCCGAGAAUUCAUGCAGGCGAGCACUCUUUACUCAAGUGGCAGGCAGGCCGACCGCGCAGAUACCAGUACACACAUUAUUCAUCAUCAAACAGGCGCUCUUAAGACAAGCAGAUGGGGUAGCAGGCGUCGCCGUAUCGAGGGACGAGCCAUAUGUCGCUUCAGGGAAUUGGCACUCGCACUCCCGUGGCUAGCCUGA